CGUCAGCAAUAUGGCGUCUUCCAGGGGCGACGGUUGGGCCGGCCCGAACUGGCGGCGACCCGGCAUUGUGGCCGCCGCCGCCGCCGAAGGGGCGGCUUACCCUUCGGAAGCGGAAGCCGGGGCCGAGGGCCUCUAUGUGGCCGUGGAGCGCUGCCCCCUUUGCAACAGCACCCGCCGCCGCCUGACCUGCGCCAAGUGCGUCCGCAGCGGCGACUUCGUUUUCUUCGAUGGCCGCGAUUCUGAGCGGUUUUCUGAAAAAAAAGAGAGAUUAAAGCACCUUAGAAAGAAACAGCAUGAAUUCCAAUCUCAGUUGUUAAAAGCUAUAGAGGGGAAGCAGAUAGCAGAUCAACUGAGAUGGAAAAUAAUGUCUUGCAAGAUGAGAAUUGAGCAGCUGAAGCAAACAAUAUGCAAAGAAAAUGAAGAAAUAGCAAAAAAUUCAGAGUGGCUUCUUAGGAUUAAAGAUGAGAACCAGAAACUUUACCGAAGGGCUCAGCGCCAUCAGGACAAGAAGGAGAAAAUCCAGAGGCACAAUCGCCGGCUUGGAGAGCUAGUAGAGAAGAAGAACUAUGACUUGAGAAGCCAUCAUGAGCAUCUGGCAGAUCUCCGGCGGUCACAUGUCCUGGAAUUAACUUCUGUUAUAUUCCCUAUUGAGGAAGUGAAAAUCGGUCUGAGGGAUUCCACAGAUGUCUCUUCAGAGAGCGACAAUGCCAUGACCUCCAGCACAGUAAGCAAGCUUGCAGAAGCCAGGAGGACCACCUACCUUUCUGGGCGAUGGGUGUGUGAUGACCAUAAUGGAGACACCAGCAUUGGCAUCACAGGACCUUGGAUAACUCUUCCCAACAACGGGGAUUAUUCCGCUUACUACAAUUGGGUAGAAGAGAAGAAAACCACACAAGGACCAGACAUGGAGCAUAACAAUCCUGCUUAUACCAUCAGUGCUGCUUUGUGCUAUGCAACUCAGCUUACUAACAUUUUAUCACUUAUACUGGAUGUCAACCUUCCCAAAAAGCUAUAUAACAGUGAGUUCUGCGGAGAAAAUCUUAGCAGGAGGAAAUUCACCUGGGCAGUGAAAAAGCUAAAUGCCAAUAUCCUUUACCUUUGCUUUUCUCAGCAUGUCAACUUAGAUCUUCUGCACCCUCUACAUACACUCAGAAACUUGAUGUACUUGGUCAGUCCUGAGACAGAACAUUUGGGAAGGUCUGGACCAUUUGAGAUCAGUGCUGAUUUGGAAGAUUCCAUGGAGUUUGUGGACCCCAGCGGUGCUGGUGAAACAGAUGAGAGUGGAGAUGAGCACAUAAGUGAUGAAGAAACUGACCUUGGAACAGACUGGGAGAACCUGCCCAGCCCACGGUUCUGCGAUAUCCCCUCCCAGCCAUUAGAGAUGCUGCAGAGCCAGAGCACGCAGGCUUCUCAACCGAUAGCCAGCAGCAGUGCUGGUGGCAUGAUCUCCUCAGCAGCAGCCUCAGUUACCUCUUGGUUUAAGGCGUACACUGGACACCGCUAAGAAAUAGUUGGGCCUCUAUGACCCACCGUCACUGUAGAAGACUUUGUGAGUCAGUUCGGUAGUGCCUGGAACAACAGGGGGGUUCUGACAUUCAUUUGCAGAAUCCCCAGCAACUCUUCUUUUGCCCAAGGUGUAAGUUCCUCCCAUUUUCUGACACCUGCAAUGGAAUUCAGCAGUUCUGAGUCACAGUCUGUGUGUGUGUGUGUGUGUGUGCUGAAGAGGAAAGAAUUACCUGCACAUUUUGUUUCUAGUCUGUAUUUUUUAAAAGAAGCUAAGAAAGGCAAUCAUUUGAAGCAUGGAAACAGGAAGAGAAUCAUGGAAGAAAGCAAUGUGAGAGUCAUGCAGAUGCUUAAACUCACCCUGGUCAAUUGGUUCUAGCAAUGCCCUUGGACUUCUUGGUUUUAUGGAGUGUGCAUCAUUUACAAACUUACCACACAAAUGUACAUUUCAGGAAUCUUCUGGCAAAUGAUGCUUUUUUAAUGAGUUUCUAAACUCUGUUGCCAUAAUUUUAAUACAGAAAACCAUCCUUUAAAAAAAAAAAAAAAGCUACUGGCGAUAAUUAUAUCUUUUGUAUGUGUUGCAUUCAUCCAUUAGAAGAUCUUUCUGAAUAUUUUUCACAGUGAGCCAUCCAGAGUUCCCAGGCUCCUUGUUCUAGCACCCGACACCAAAGAAAGGCUGGCCCAUAAUAAUUUGCAAAUAUAGAGCCACACUGCUGUCGUCAGAAAGUUUGUGUCCAUACAUUCUUUCAUAGGGUGGAAGCACACUUCUCCUGCAGUUUGGUUUUGUGUACUACUUGUUCUCUGUCUUUUGGAAAGCUGGCACUCUGGAGAUGAGAACAUGAGGACUUCUCCUCCUUUUUGUGUCCCGUUAGUGGAUACAGCAUGUUGUACAUAGAAUUUAAAUCUGUUGUGAUUUUGUUUUGAAUUUUGGAGGGAUUUUGGAAGUAAAAAAGCUUUCCAUUUUCAUUGUAUUAUUCUUGUCCAUCUUUCUUUAAAGUGGGUUUAUAUAUUAGAUCUAUUUCAGAUGCUUCCUGGGCCGUCAAUCAUUUUGCGUGUCUGUUGGUGUUUUUCUUUGUCCGCACAGUGUUGGCUGUCCAUGCUGAGAUCAGAACUUGGGGGUUAGGCAGUUUUUCAUUACUUUUCCCAUUAAAAAGGACGAGGGACAGUCUUGCAAGUCAGGCUAAUUUGAGGAUUCAUCACAUGUCUUUCAUACCAACAUAUCUUUUACUUGAUCAUAAGAAUGAUUGAUUCAUUGAGCGCAUCUUCCAAACCAUCAUGUGUGAAACUCCAGAGGAAAAAAAUAUCCGUAACCGACAGGUCUGGGUAGGGAUUGCUUAUAUUGUCAUGGAGUAAGGAGAAAAUGGCAUGUAGUCAUUUGCUCCUUCAUAAAGCAGUUUCUGCCUUCAUAUUGCCUAGUGAUCCAAAAUAAAUUGGAUAGGCAACUAUAGCUUCUGUUCCAUCAUUUAUAUGCUGCCUGAUUUGUGGACUCUGUGUUUUUAGUUAAUAGUCCGAGCAAUGUGAGUUUUAGAUGUUUUUCUGCCUUGGAGCCAGUUCAGCCUUUCAGCAGAGCAGGUACACCCAUAAUGUGGAAUAUCCUCCCUGGAAGAAUGCGCACACAAUGUUUGUCCGACAUUAAUGCUUUGGCGAUUCUGUGUUGGGCGCUUUUUUCCUAUAUUACAAAGAUUUGCAAUUAUGCAAGAACUUCUAAAUUGGCAAAUAAGUUUUAUUCAGUGUUUCUGUGAUGGUCUUCUAUUUAAGCCUGGAGUGCAUAUAAGGAAUUGCAUAGGGUUUUAAGUAACUUUGCUAUGCAGAUUCCCCCCCCCCACCCCCCUCCCCCCUGGCCAAAUAAGGAUUUAUCUGGAGGAUAGGGAAACUACUCCUUUAUAUUUCUGUUGCUAAACCAAAGAUUGCUUUAGUUAGGUGUUUUUAUUUAAAGCCAGAUGGUGUGAUUCUUCCAUUCUUAAGACUUAGUAUAGAAAGAUAGCAAUACAAUGAUCCACAAGCAUGUCUUUACUGGCUUCUGUAGAAGCCAUGUCAAUUUACAAAGUGGCAGUGGAUGGAAUUGUGACUGACUUUGGGCUUUGUCUCAAAGAUCUUUGGUGACAUGGGAUUGUCCUCUUACCUACUUCUGUUAAUGAAACAAGUGGAAAUUUGUAAGAAGAAAGGCACUUUAUUAAUUGCAGGUGAUAUGGGCUGCGUAACUUUGUGACUGCAGGGGAGGAUCGCAGACGGGCUCUCAACACUGUAAAUACCUUUGCUUUUCCUCUUCUGUUGUGUGUUCCUUUUUUCUCCUGCUUAUUUUUGAAUGCAAACACUUGGAAAUCAUUUCUAGUGAACUGAGGGAAAUAAGUUUAAAAGCCAGUAAGCCAUGAAUCCUUUUUGCUUGUCAGUUUCAACUUCUUAAAAUGGUGCCUCUCUCCUUCAACAGUGGAACAUUGCUUUGGAGGCCACCAAAAGGCAUCCAAAUAGUAAUAAGGUAGGGUGCUGCUCCCUUUCAAGGAAAAAAAAAUGUAUUUUUUUAACAUUUUUACACUUCUAGAGCUGUCUGGAGAAGCUACAAAUACGUUUCUAAAAUUACCGUGCAAUAGAGGAACAUUCUGCUUCAUGGACAGGGAUACCAUUGAUGGGUAUCCUGGGUUUUACAUCACUAAUUGCGCAUUUUGCAAGAUGUUACGGUAUCAACAAAGGUACAGCUGUAUGUUUAGGCCCAAGAAUCUCAACAUGCUUAAUGGGCUACUAGAAAUACAGUAAGCGGUUCGCUGCUUGAAAAUUGGUUCUCCAAACAAGGAUUGCUAAUUGAAUAUCUCUAAAUCCAUAGCUUCUUUUUUUUUUAGCUCAUGACCUUGUGGUGCCACUUUCAAAACUAGUAGUCCUAACUAAAUGCAAAUGUGUUUUUAAAAUUGUACUACUGCAAUAAAUCUUUGGGGUUUUUUUAAA